AGGAGAAAUUUAAAAACCCUGAAAAAGAAAUGAAAGAAAACCCAACCCCGUACCCAAAUCCCCCACAUCCCCUUGGGUUCUUUCUCUCUCUAAUGGAGGGGAACGAGAGUAGCCUGAGCUCUUACUACCACCAACAGCCCCACCACCAUCAGCAGCAUCAGCAACACCACCCCAGCGGCGGCGGCGGCAUAUCUACAACCACCGCCGGAAACUCCGCUGCUCCAAAUGGUAUAUUUUCCAGUCCUCACCAUAACGCCGCUUCAUCAGGUCAUUACUCGACUUCUGAAGGGACUCCUCUUAUCUUUCCUCCACAUAGCGUUACUGGUAGAGCACCUGUCGCUGCUUCUGCUCCUCAGGAAACCGUAAAGAGGAAGAGAGGAAGGCCGAGGAAGUACGGUACUACUGAAGCAGCAGCUAGCGCUACGCCCUCUGCUUCUUCGGCAAAGAAGGUCUCUGCUGCUACUUCUGGUUCUUCUUCCCUUCCUAUGUCUCCUUCUUCUUCUUCUCCUCGUAAGAAAGAGCAGUCUUUGGCUUCGUCUUCUUUGUCUCCUAAGAAAGCUCAAUUGGCUGCUCUUGGGCAUGCAGGACAGGGGUUUACACCACAUGUCAUUACUGUAGCGUCUGGAGAAGAUGUCGCACAGAAAAUCAUGUCUUUUAUGCAACAACACAAACGUGCAGUCUGUAUCCUGUCAGCAUCUGGUUCAAUUUCCAAUGCAUCUCUUCGCCAGCCUGCCACAUUGGGGGGAAAUGUGACGUAUGAGGGACGCUUUGAGAUCCUUUCACUAAAUGGAUCUUACCUGCAUAGUGAGGUUGGAGCAGCACCCUCAAGAACUGGUGGACUUAGCAUAUGUUUGUCUGGUUCUGAUGGUCGGAUUGUUGGAGGUGGGGUAGGGGGACCAUUAUUGGCUGCAGGCCCAGUGCAGGUUAUUGUUGGUUCAUUUCUGAUUGACAUAAAAAAAAAGAUUAGUGGUGGUCUAAAAGCUGAUGCUUCUACCAGCAAGUUGCCAUCACCUCUAGUUGGUGCAAGUUGCAAUCACCUAGGCUUCGGACCAUCACUGGAAUCUUCUGGGAGAAUCUCAGUAAGGGGAAAUGAUGAGCAUCAAAACAUUAGUCCAGGUCAUUUCAUGUUACAACCUCGAGGAAUGCAUGGACGGUCAACUGAUUGGAGGAGUGGCCUAGAUGCUAGAAACAGUGCUGACAUUGAAUUGAGAGGAAGAACAGAUCGUGGAGCAUGCCAAUCUCCAGUAGAUGGAGAAGAUGAUCAAAUUCGUCACUAGACUUUUUUGCCGUUAUGGUGGUGCUGCCAAUCUCCAUUGGUAAAGGAAUUGGUUUAUGAUGGCUUCUUUUAACAACAGUUGAUGUACAACCGUUCUUUAUCAGGAUUAGAACAUAUUCUCUGUACAGGAUACUGGCGCUUAUCUAAUCUUUUUUGGCCAUUAGUCUUUA